CUUCUAUAAUUUAAUUAUACGUAAGAGUCUCAACAAAUGCUCGGAAGGUGCCGAGAUAGCCUCUUUUAGUUUUACCAUGUUCGUCGAGGAAAGAGCAGUAGCUAAUAACUUUGCUUGUCCCUUUAUGCUUGAGUAGCUCUGAUUUGAAUCGUCGAAAACUUGCAGGUUUUUUUAAGUUCAUUAGUAGUUUGCACUUACGAUACGCACGUUGAAAACAAAAGUAUAUAAAAUAGAUAUACAUACGUACGUACAUAUAUAUAUAUAUAUAUAUAUAUAUAUAUAUAUGUAUAUAUAUAUAUAUAUUUACACGCAUACACACAUAUAUAUAUAUACGUGCAACGAAUAGAAAAAUUUACAAUGGAAGAUUCAGGCCAAGCGAACACCAUGAACGAAACGAGUCCUACAAUCGACGUUAAUAAUGAAAAAGAUAAGACCGAGAACGAUGAAUCGUCGGUCUCUAAGAUUACGAUUGAUUUGUGCGAAUUAAAACAGAUCAAUUGUGAGAUAGGUACCAAGGAGAUGUCUCAAAGUUGUUCAACAAAUUCAUGCAAUGAAGAAGACAAAGUGAAUAAUAAAAAUUGUUCGAACCCGUUGAAUGAAUCUCGGGAAGAGCAAAAGAACGAUCAAAAGAAUGUAGCCAAAGAGGGCGAUGAAAAAAAUUAUAAUGAAUGUUGUGCAUUAGAAGAUAAUACACAAAAAUUGAAACAAUGUUGUCAGAGUCCAUCCAGAGGAAAAGAGACAACGAGUAUGAAACAAAAACGUAAAUCCAGAUCUACGAGAAGACGAUUGAAUGCCAUGAUCAAUAAUACAUCCUUACAUUUCUCUGAUACGGACUCGGAAGGUGAAUUGGUCAUUAUGGAAGCUUAUGCACGUACUCCUCCUAGUCCUGCAAAGUCACGAGGACCUAUAAUUUCUGUGACAAUGGAGGAUAUUAAAGAUGGUUAUGAUAUAAUGGAGGAUAUGAAUCCUCGAUGUUUAACAAUAUCGUCGACUCCUGAAAUAAACAUAUCUCGACGUGGAAGUUUUGCGGAAAAUCUCACGGAUGUCGAUGAGAUUUAUACAAGUGAACCUGAAAACGAACAGAAACUAGAAGGAAGAAAGAGUUUGACCUUAACAGGAGUUACUUAUCAAGGUGAAACUGACGUCGAGGAUAUAUCAAAUGACGAGGAUGAACCGAUCAUUUACGUCACACCCAGAUUGGAUAUCUUGUGCGAGUUUGGUGGUGAGACUAUUACUACCAAGGAAGGGGAUGGACCAUUUUCCGUAGAGAUACGUAGUCGAAUGUCGAAAGAAAUAGAAGAUACUGAAGUCCGAAAUUCAUCUGAAACUGUGAUCAUGCCGAAUACGGACAGCGAGGAUAUGGAAAUAUCGGAUGAGGAUGAUCUACAAGUAGCUUCUUGUAGUCAUCGCGAUCUGUUCGAAGAUUUUGACGUUUUAGCAGGUUCUCAGAUCGUGAUGACGAAUGUUAAUAAGAUGGAUAACACGCUCGUUGUUUUGGAUAUUCAGGAAGAUGUCAACAUCGGUGAUUGUCAUACCGAUAUUGAAGAUGUAGAUUGAAUUUAAAAUGUGCCGAAUGAAUUUUAUUUAACGAAACGCGGAAUGUUAUGUAUCAAAUCGAUUAUUUGCUACCAAGGAUUACAAUCUUGUAUCCCUCCAUUAUCAUUUUGUUUUAUUUUUUCACGUCAGUCCGAUCUUUUGAUUUAUCUCAAUCGCAAAGAAUUUCUUCUUAUUGUGUUAUUCGUUUUCCUUUUUGCACCGUGCUCGAUCUAUUGAAAAUCUAUUGUUUUCUUGAUCUAUAAAAAAAACUUUGGUAAUGAUUAACCCUCGAUUGAACAUCGCUUUGGUCGUUCUCGUGACUAAAUAUUUUAUUCCGUGCAAUAAUCUUGCUUCAAACUCUCAACAAAAUUUCUUUUUCUUUUUUAACUUCUCAAAUUAUUUUCUCUUUGUUUUUGUAUUAUUAAUUAUUUAAUCAAAUGACGAAUAUCUUAUUUGAAUUAAUAAUCCGAAACAUAUGGAGAAUAAAAUUUAUUUAUCUUGGUAUGGUCAAUACUACUUAAGGGUUAAAUAAAAAAGAGAUUUCAAUAUUUCACGGAUAAAUAUUCUUUCAAAUAAAUUAUUUCUAAUCGUGGAACAGUGCUCUAAUGAUCAAUUGUAAUCCGUUCGAAGAAAAAAAUGAAAAAAAUUAAUAUCUUUUUUCGAGUACAAAUGAAACGAGUGCAAAUAUUUAUAUUUUUACACUUCUUCGCGUCUGUAUACUUUUUUCUGUUCGGCUAAAGAUUCAUUUUAACAUUUUGAUGCCGAUAAUAAUGCGAUAUUUUUUUAUGUACUUGUUAUACUUGCAGGCAGAACUGCCGUCAUCAACAUAAUCAUAGACAACCAUAUGGGAUAUUAAAUACAAAAUAACAGCA